CCAGGGAUUAGUAAAGGCUUUAAUAGGUUUUGUGAAGAGCCUGCUAACAGAAGCAGGGUACAUCCACAAUCAUUUAACUCUGCAAAGAAAAACAAAUAGGGGCACUUGGUUCAGUUGGUUGAUGGUGAAACAUGUAGGUCUUUGGCACUGUUGUUCCUCUAAAAGAAACAGAACGUCAGUGCUAAACAGUUCUAACACAUCUGAUGUACUUUAGAGGCACUAUUCUACUGCUUUAGAAGAAAGAAAAGUGAAGAGAAAACAGCUUCCUCCAGAGCCAUGGGGGUCUCCCAGUCAAAACGGGGAGAAUACAAAACCCAGAAGAACAGCCUGAACCCAGGAGCAGAUAAGAGCUCUGAGCAUGGCACCUACCAGGCAUCUGAAAUCCACAGAGGCCUCAUUGAGCCCAAGAAACUGCCAAACCCAGUGAAAGAAUCUAGGCACCACCGUGAUUUGCACCGGGAGCUGCUUUUUACUCAUAGGAGGGGGAUGUUUCCAGAACACAAGCCUGAGCUUCAGAGAGUACUAGAAGCUAGGAGAAUCAGGCAACUGAAAAAGCAGGAAGAAAACGAAAAGCCCUUGACAGAUCUGGAAGAAGAGCUGAGGAAACGCCAAGAGAAACUUGACCAGUAUGAAAGAGAAUUGGUCCUGCAGGGGGAGCAAGAUGGCAGGCCUGAGUUCAUCCUUGUCAAAGAGAGCCUGAGGAAGAUCAAACUAUCUACAGAAACUACAGAAAUUAAGCUGUCUACAGAAGGCAUAAGGCAGACAUGAGCCGUGAGCUGCAAGCACAGCUUCUGUCAGUAUGACUCCCUGGCAGCACGGCAUACAGAGGAAUUAUAGGUGAGAAAAGAACAUCUUUGAUGGAAACUGCCACAGCCUUCUCUUGCUGGCCUGCAGAGCCACUGCUGAAGCUAACCACAGGGACAUGGCAGCAGGAGGAAGUCAGAGGCAAGGACUAUCAUUUGGAGAAACAGAUUCUGUCAUUUUGCUACAAUUGUCAUAGAGGGAUGACUGGGUAGACUGGAACCUUCCCUGGAAGCUGUGUGUCUUUAUUUUAAAUAUUUUUAAAAUAUUUAAAUACAUGGCUGUCUUUAUUUUAAAUAUUUUCUAUUCAGCAAUGCAUAUUUAUGGGGGCAAAUUGCCACUUUUGAAUUUAUUCCAAAUCUGACUAUGCCUCUUUCCAAUUCCAGCUGAGACUCUGCCCGAUCUUUGCUUUCCUUUCAGCAAAAGUUGCUAAUGUUACUUUUGCUACUACAUUUAGUGUCACCAUUGCGCAAUGGCCUACUCCCACCACAUUAAGACCACUAUCAAAACUAACUGGUAUGCAGGAGCAUUAAUAGUCUGGUGGUAAGGUGCAUGUUUGCAACUGAGAAGAUCUGUUGAGGCUUGUUGUAUCAGGCAGCAUCUUCUGUUGGCCUCAGUUUCCUGCUUGUCAAAUGAAAGUGAUGGUCUUCCUUUGCUUCCCAGAUACCCAUCCAAGAGAAGUGGGAUGUUCUAGGAUAGUGAGACAUUCAAGUAUAAGAGCAGCAGUGGGCAGAUUAACUUGUAAUCCCUUGCAAUGGAGAGCUAGGGAUGGCUGCUUCAUAAUAUCAGAAUCAGUUGUGUUCAGGAUCUUCCAGACUUGGUUGUCUAUGAACUUCAGAGCCUCCAGGCGAAGAGGAUCUUAAAAUAAAAUACAAAGCACAACAUACUUGGUUGCAUAAAUAUAGCACAUUGGCAGCCAGCUCAUGGCCCUUCUGUUUGUGAACACUCUGAUCCCUCAAUAGGAUUACUCCUCACACUGUUUGCUGCUAUUAGAUGGUUCGGCAAAGCCUGACAGCACCUGUAUUCAUCUGUCUGUAAAUAGCACUAAGUCAAAUUAACAUUAUAAUGAUGUUUGGCAUCUGAGAGUGUAGGGUUUUUGGUUCUCUAGAUUUGCUCAGGUUUUUGUAAUCCUUUUCAUCAGUAACCAUCUUCCCAUUCAAGCAUAUACAAUCAUUUUAAAAGGGAGAAAAAUAAAUGAUAGGAUUGCUCAAGACAAGUAAGAGGAAUGAUGUCUUC